CAGCUGGACUAGGCAGCGUGAUUCUUGAGAAGUCCACCAUGAAAACAUUGACAAGUCUGUUGCUUUUGUUCUGUUUGUGAUCUAGAAGCUGUUUCUUUUUUCACAUGAUGGCUUAUUUGCGUAGCUAAUGAGGGCUCUUUGAUGGUGUUAUAGUCUACGGGAAGUCUGGAAGCCCAGUUGAUCAUAUGAGUUGCUUUGGAGAUGUUGCAAGACGCUUUCAGGAAACCGAUCUAGAUGAAGCCACUAAAGGGAAACAAUACAUCCACUCUUGCCUUAGGUUCUUUUUCCUAAAUUCAGAAGUUUUCCUCCAUUGUUUGAGAAUACACUCGGGAGCUGACCCUUGCAAGUUUUUCUCUCCUUUGGUAUCUAUGACUAACUAUCUGGAUAGGUCUCUAGACGACUUGAAACUGUAUCACGCUCAUUUACUGCAAAAGGCGUUUGGAAUGAAGAUGAGGAUUGCAGCCUACUGGCCUAUCGUCUUGCAGAGAAUUAUUGACAGCAUCUCAAUGCAUCUUCACCUCUCUGUGAAUUAUCUGGUCAACAGUCGCUUUCAGACAGAGAUCAUAGCUGAAAUGGUGGAUUUUGGAGGUGGUGGAAGAGUUGAGAGGAUGCUGCGAGGUGAUGAGCAAGAGAAGGAGAUAAUGAAGAGCCGUAUCGGUCUCUUGAAGGAUAGUGUUGAGGUCGUUUAGCCAUUCCUCUUGGUUAAAACAAAAUUGGCUUCGGUUUUCGUAAAGUUUGUGUUAUGAGUGGCUUCGGUUUGAUUGGUUUUCUGAUGUCUUUUUUUUCCUUUAUUUUGGGAAGUGAUUGCGUUAUCAAUCUUUGUAAGGAGAUAACAAUGAUUCAAACACGAUGGUAUAGUUUACGUGCAAUAAUUGAAGUUCUCAUUA